AUGGAUUUGGGUGGAGAAGAUACUGGUGUGGCAGAAAUGGGACCGUCGGACAGAAAAUCUGAAACAUCACGUCUGGUGGCUCCAAAUACUGAAACCUCGCCAAGUUAUUUGAAUAUUUUGUCAAAUAUAUGCGGUCUGGUAUUCCUGGGCAUCAUUUUAUACUGUUGUUUUAAAGACGAUGUGACGCUGUUUUCGUUCCAUCCAACUUUAAUGACACUUGGGUGGAUGUUAUUCAUGACAUCGGCAAUGCAUGCUCUUACUCCUGGUGAUCUUGCGACAGGCUGGAUGCCUAUACGACUAAAGAGUGCUCGUCAUUGGAUUCUUCAAGUCAUAGCUGGUACUAUAAUAUUAACUGGAUUCAUUGUAAUUGUAACUAACAAAUUUAUUAACAGUGCUUAUCACUUUACCAGUUACCAUGGUAAAUUUGGAUUGACAUCAUUCAUUUUCCUCUUGAUGACCAUGUUGGGAGGUUUAGGUGCUCUUAAUAGUUUGAAAUUAAAACAUUACCUGCCCCCAAUAUACACAAAAUUGAUCCAUACAUCAGCUGGUCUACUGACAUUCUGUUUAGGGGUAACCACUAUUUUACUGGGCUUCUUCUCGAAUUGGUGGAAGAAGGAUAAUCCACAGUGGUUGACAAUUCUCUGCUUUGUUUUGGUGCUUAUUAGUAUGAUAACAACAACAUUGAGGCCCAUUUUAAAAAUAUACAUUCGUCUGCGGGAACGGUUAGACAUCCAAAAUUAA